AUGAAAGAUGGAAAACUCAGACAUCCUGCAUAUUCCCAAGCUUGGAAAAAAGUAAACUACAUAAAUCUUGAAUUCAAAUCUGAACCAAGACACAUUCUUCUCAUACAUCUCUGCUCUGAAAACAUCGACAACUUUGUGGCCCGAGCGUAUUUGUACGACCAUGUUGGUAAAAUCAAAGUUCACUGUAAGGACCACGAUGAUUCACAUGCUCGGAUUGUGGUUUCGGAAAUCCUGCAAGAGGACACUGAAAUCCCAAUCCCAAUUGAAGGGUGCAGAUAUGUUAGGGACGUAUCACAGAUGUUCCUUCCUUGGCCUAAACACUUAACUCUAACAACCGAGGGUCCACUCGCUCAACCGCCUUCAAGACGUGAUGCGUCGAAGGGGAAAGCUUCGAUGCUUUCUCCACAAGGCGGUGGUGCACAGGAAGAUGAAUUGUUCUCGGAAAAGAAGAUGGCCUUGAUCCCUAAAUCGCUAAAAUGGAUGGUUGUUGAAUUCCUGAACCUCAAAGAUAAGCUUGAUAUAAUCACAAUUCCUGUACCCCGAGGAUUCAUAGCACCGCGUACCCAAAUCACGUUAUCUGGAGAGGAUUUGCAGCAGGUUGCUACGUGUGACUUCAUCGGCAACCAGGAAAUGCUGUUUGGAAUGAUGUAUACUCUUCUUUUAUCUAAUUAACCUUAUAUAUCAAAUUCUAGUCAAAUUAUUAUAAGACACUAACACUUUUUUUGGCAGGCACCUCUGGGAGAGCAUCAACGGUAUGAGAAAAAAUUUCAAGUUUUACGACCCAGAGCUUGUCGUAGUGCAUGGGAAAACCGAUGAAGAAAAGAGUCAGUCUUUUGACGAUGCGGCAAGACGAUUGGCUGAUUGGUUAUCAUUAAUGAAUAACAACCACCAAAUGUUCUUCAUUCCUUAGAAUAUCGGGUAAACUCUAUUUAAUUCUUUAGUGCUAAUUGUUCAUUUCUAUAUUAUGACUUCAAAUUAUUUUUAUACUAUCUUACUUAUAUUCCAAUAUAAUUUUCUAGUGCGCAUUGGACGCUAGUGGUGGUUACGCCAAAGAAAAUUAUCCAUUUAGACCCUGUACGUGGCUGCCCAAUUCCUGAAGAAAUUACUCAAAUGAUCGGAAGGUAAUAAUUUAAUGACUUCUUAUGUA